GGGUAGUUGAAUUUUGAACAGAGACCCGAUCGGAUUGCGAACCCUUGAAGUAAUCACAAUGAAGAUGAAGUGGAUGCUGAUAGUAAUUUAUAUUUGCUGGUUUACUGCACCUUGCGGAAAUUGUGAGCAGCGUAAUAAAACCGAAUACAACAAAAUGCCAAAAAUGUUCCAUUACGAUCAGUACGAUGAUUGUCUGUAUGAAGAUCCUAGUGUAGAAGCGUCAUACUGUCUAGUGAGAGUAGUGAUUAAGCCUAACAAUGGGUCCGAAGUGUGGAAGUUGAUUGAAAAAUAUUCCAGUAAUUGGAAGUUGGAUCUCAAUCAUGCUGCAUUAGAUCGUGGCGUGUGCAUCUCUGAUAUAGAGAAUGAAGGAGCUAAGUUAAGGGAUCAACACUUCAACGUAUCUAUUGUGCCGAAAUUUGAUAUAAAUUUUCCGUAUAAAAUUGGCCAUGACGCAUUCCGGAACACCGAAUCCUAUAAAGCAAACUUUUCCAUACUAGUUGACAAAAUAAUCAAUGCCGAACUCACUGAGAAGUACGAUCUGCAGGCGUACACUGAAAUUGAAUAUUGCGAACGCAGGGGAGUGAACGAAUUUCCAAUAGAUUCACUAGACAUCUUCUUCGUGGUCAUCAUGACAGCUCUUUGCAUCGUAGUGAUCUUUUCAAGCUGGUAUGACUACUGGUGCAAAUCGAGCAUAGGUCUGGAGCAUUACCGCGUAGAUUUGCCUAAUAAAUUAUCGAUGGUUCUUGCCUCAUUCUCAUUUAUCCGUAACUGGUACCGGUUAACUUCUCAUUCGAGAGAUCCUCUGUGCAGAGACCUCCGGUUUAUACAAUCAAUUCGGUACAAUACGUUUGUACUGAUUUUAAUUGGGCAUGCAUGCAUUCUGGUUCAGACUAGGACAGGCUGGUUUGUGGAGGAACGCUUCCGUCAGCCAGAGAUUAUGAUCAUCGUGAAUGGUUUCCAGAUUGUAACAACGUUCUUCGCAAUCAGUGCGCUAGUAUUUACCAUCAUGUACAUUCAAAAGGCCCAAAACAGUAACCGAAAACCCGGCGCAUUAGGAAUGAUAUUGAUUGUUACGUUUCGCUAUAUUCGGCUAACUCCAGUGUAUGCGUUAGUUCUGCUUUUUGAAGCUACAUGGUUCGUACGAGCACAGGAUGGACCCUUCUGGCGGAGAGCUGCCGAAACAGAGCUAACCUAUUGCCGACGAAAUUGGUGGAUCAAUUUACUGUACUUGAACAAUUACCUAAGACUUGAUCAACCGUGUAUGCAACAUUCGUGGUACUUGGCAUGCGAUUUUCAGUUAUCUAUUAUAGGAGUAAUUCUGGUGACGUUAAUGUUACGAUUACCAAAACUAAAAGUAAAAUUAUUGGUGACUGCAGCGGUUAUUUCGUUCAUUAUUCCUUCAGUCGUUAUUUACUGGAACGCAUUCGAUGGAGCAACCAUUUUCUCCCCAGAAGGCAGACGAUUUGUUUUUUGGUACGAUGUCGGUUAUCACAAAACUUAUUUACCGAUGCACAUGAACUUGAAUAUGUACAUUUAUGGAGUAAUAGUUGGGGUUCUCUAUUGGAAAAUUAAAAAAGCGAACAUCAACCUGGGAUCCAAUAGGAUUUUUCGGGUAACCUGGUAUCUACUGUUCUUAGUUUGGCCGGUACUGUUCCUCUCCGGGCAACAUUUUUAUACCCAUGAUUACUCGAAACCCUCCCUCUGGAUGGCAGUUUAUUUCACAGUUGCCCGUGGCUUGUGGGCCUUCCUGCUUGCUAUUGGAUUUUUCGGAUUCCUUUACCGGGUGAACAAACCGUUGCAUCGGCUGCUCAAUAUUCGACUGUUCGAAGUUCUCGGUCGUUUAACAUACGGUGCAUAUGUAGGACACUUUUUCAUCAUGAAAAUGAUGUUCUACAACAUACGACACGUGGAAGACUUAGGAGUUUUUGAUACGUCGAUAAGAAUUAACGCGACCCUCUAUUUGUCGUACAUUCUAUCGUUAGUAUUGACCUUGCUGGUGGAGCUACCGGUUUCAGCUCUUCAGAAGCAGCUAAUAGACCAUUUUAUAAAACCUAACAAACGACAAGCUCGAGGAGAAGAAGAAGGAGAAAGAAAUGAAGCUCAAAAUUCGACAAAAAUUGCUAAUAAAAUGGAGGGUUAUACAAACGAUGCCUUCAAAGCAACCUUCAAGGAAGGCAAUGACAUGCAAGAAUUCAAUCAGCAGUAAUCAUAAAAUUGAAAAAAUAAAAAUUCAAUUAGUUUUUUUCCGAUAGGUAUUUGUAUCCCAACGGGUUCGUGUAAGGAAUCAAUAAAUUUCCCAAAAAGGUGUUUUGGCUUGUUUUUUGUUGUUGUGGUGUAAAAAGCGACACAGAAAAAUAAUCUUUAGCAUUUAUCUAAAGGAUCGUAGCGCUAGCACCUCAAUUGUCUUGUACACUAAAGCAGUUGACUGCAAAGUCUGUGGUGGCAAAGAUCGAGCACCAAAAUGGAAUGUAGCACCAAGACUUUGCUUUUUACUUAAAAUCUUCAGGAG